AUGGGGUCGGCGGUGCUGGAGAUCCUCGGCUUGGUGCUGUGCCUGAUAGGCUGGGUGGGCCUGAUCCUGGCGUGCGGGCUGCCCAUGUGGCAGGUGACCGCUUUCCUGGACCACAACAUCGUGACGGCGCAGACCACCUGGAAGGGGCUCUGGAUGUCGUGCGUGGUGCAGAGCACGGGGCACAUGCAGUGCAAGACGUAUGACUCGGUGCUGGCGCUGAGCACCGAGGUGCAGGCGGCGCGGGCGCUCACCGUGGGCGCCGCGCUGCUGGCGCUGCUGGCGCUCUGCCUGACCCUGGCGGGCGCGCAGUGCACCACCUGCGUGGCCCCGGGGCCCAACAAGGCGCGCGUGGCUCUCACGGGCGGCGCGCUCUACGCCUUCUGCGGGCUGCUGGCGCUCGUGCCGCUCUGCUGGUUCGCCAACAUCGUGGUCCGCGAAUUCUACGACCCGAACGUGUCCGUGUCGAACAAGUACGAACUGGGAGCAGCGCUGUACAUCGGCUGGGCCGCCUCGGCGCUGCUCAUGUGCGGCGGCGGCCUCGUGUGCUGCGGCGCCUGGGUCUGCGCGCGCCGCCCGGACCUCAGCUUCCCCGUCAAGUAUUCGGCGCCGCGACGGCCCGCGGCCGGUGACUACGACAAGAAAAACUACGUCUGA